CUUGUCUACUAAGUACUCAGAUUCAUAUAUACAAGAUGCCUGCACCAGGAGCCGUCACUACAGUACCAGUACAACACUUGACGCUACAUGUUUUUGUUGUUUUUCAUCGCACAGACUCAUAGGAUCAUGAUCAUCUGUUCGAGAUGACGCAGAGCAGACAGUGCAGAGCAAGAUUUUGAUUUUCUUGCUAAUGUCCCCGCCCCAGUUCCAGUUCAACUGUUUCUAGUUCUACUUCAUCUGUAUUUACUAUACAACAACAACAAGAUUAUCAUUUCGAUCAAACAAAGUAGAUUGACGAUCUUCAUCCCUCCCAAUCUGAAUCUCAUGUACUACUCACAAGAAAAAUGAGUACCAAGAGUCGCAAGACCGGUGACGAACGGGGUAAGCCGAAGCCCUCUUCUCGGUCGCAACGACCAGAGGGUGAAGUACCAGAAGAUUUGAGCGACAUAUUGGGUCUAGAAGGCGCGCAGGGAUCAGCAAUACCCCUAGACGAACAAGAUGAUGGCGAUUUUCAGUCUUAGGGCUUGAGGUUAAGUUUGUUGUAUUUGUAGUUCCUUUGAUCAUGACUGAAGUAAUGACCAAGUGGAACAAGAAAGUGCUGGACGUUGCACCGCCUGCUGGAGCUUGGUACUAGAAUAGGAAGAAAUGGAUUGUUGACUUAGUUAGUACACCUAUACGUAUAGGUGUACCAACUGUAAGUAUUUUGAGAAGAUACAACAUUAUCCGUAUUCCACCAUCUUCAUACUACUGUUGGUUUAACUUCUAACACUCACUGCUGGACACUGCUCAAACUAGCGAUGCCUUCGCGAGUGUUGUGCGUCACGAUGGUGGAAACGAAGAGGAUUCCAAAUUAGCCGCAGCAAAAAGGCGCCAGCAGAUAAGGGCCGAGCGGGAAGAAAAUCUAAAGCGGGAAAAAGCGGAGAGGCUGGCGCGACUAGAACGAGAACUAAAGCAAAGAGAGGAAGAGGAGUACAGCCAUUCAUUAUCAUUUUCAUCUGAAGCAUGAUGAUUUAUUGAUAUUGAUAUAUUAUAUUGAAUAUGAUAUUAUGUUUAUGUCUACUUUCAUCUAUUUCUUAGACUUUAUUUACGUGAUGAAUUUCUUCUCGAAGUCAAUGUCAAUCUUUAUUGUUGCGUCAUCUGCACCAACAUUUAAUAUUCCAAUUUAUGGAGGAAUAGGCGAGUUUCGAUCCCUGUUCGGGAGUCUGCGGUUCAGGCUGGGCGACCGUCUGAGCAUCAGCCACGAGACUACUACUCGGAUGGCGGUUCAACGGAAGACGAGGAGGGAGAGCGCGGCCCACUAAUAAAGUCUGCAUUCGGGGACGCCCACGAUCCCGUUGCGCACGCCAUGCAACAAGGCAAUCAGGAACAUGUUCAAGUAAGGCUGAUUUCUAUUCCAAAUCCAAGAAGUUGUAGAACUUUUGUUCAACAUUCAUUUGUUUCGUAUGCCUCCCUUCGUUCUUCUUAGGAUAUUGAGUAGGCAGAACGAUCUAAUGAUAAGGUAUCUCUACAACAGAACAAGAAGAAAUGAAUCACUUAUACUUUGAGUUUCUCUAAUCCAACUUCUUAGUUCUGUGCGCUUUCGUGCUAACGCACAAAGCUCAUCUUCGGAAUCAGACGCAGAACGACAUUCGACAGAUGAAGUUAAGCGUCCACUAGAUGUUGAAUCCCAGGACGGAUUUCCUACAUACUUGAAGGAGAAGAGAUCCACCAGAUGACUGUCUUCUGAAUUUUUUAUAGCACGCAUGGUGCAUGGAGUGCAUGGAGCGCAGAGGACCCAUUAGGGGCGCAAGAAGCUCCCCCUUUAGCUCCAUGCUACUCCAUGUGAUCCAUGCACUCCAUGCACCACGCGAGCUUUGAAACCUUAUAAAUUGCUCUGGGAUUUAUUCCUACAGAUGACCGCUUCUAAUGAAGAUAAUCCUGUGAAGGUUGAUAUGGAUGGAAACCGCGACUCAGCGGCCGAAGUAGGGUCACCAACGUCGAGACGGGUCCGGAAAACACAGAUGUACUCGAUGGCGGCAACUGGUGGCGAACAAGACUACGAGAUGAGAGGUCUAGCCUCCAAAAGUCCAGUGCCAAGUAAGAAAAGCAUGGCAGCUUCAUUAUGGACGACGAGACUUUUGACCAAGUACUUACAAAAUUUUCUUCAAGAAUUGGCAUGGGGUUCUCAAUCAUCCACUCAAAAAAUUGCGUUUAGAUUGUUGUAGUAGCAGGAGCUCCUACAACUUACUGCUACUUUUUACUACAAAAACAAGAAAUAGUCCUCCUCAUGCCAAAAUGAACCAUUCUAAGCCUUAAAAGCACGUACAUAAGAUUGGGUCAGCCAGAUGGUGUGAAUGAUGACGACGGGUGCUGCGAAAAGCUAUGUGACGGAGAGAGCGGCUGCUUCGUGAAUACUAUCUGUUGCCCUUUCGUGAUGCCUUAUCAGGGAUGCAGAAUCUACUGCUGCCCGACUCUAGGUAAAUUUUUCGUAAUUUUUCAGUAGUGCGUUUCGUGUCCCUGCACGACAUGCUACAUCUUUAUUUCCGCCUCUUUCUGUGUGCGUGUGGUCUUGUCCUUCUUAAAGAUAAAAAGUAACUCGAACUUCUUUUACCUGCAGCAUUCUCUAUUUCAUCACCAGGUUCAAUGCUCUGCCACUGUUGGAUGUGGUGCUGUUGUAGUUCUAGAUGCUGUAAGUUUGAAGAUAAAGACUUUCCGGCGGGCCCGGAGAGUCUGGGAGUCGGGAUUCAAGGUGACGGUGGUAGAAAAACUGCUGUUUUUAUGGCAGACUAUCAUUAUUUUCAGAAAAUCUUCAUCACAUUUAUAAAUAUUACUUAGAUUAGAUACAACAAGACAGUAGUACAUGAUGACAAUAGAUUUCUUCAAAGAAGUGUUACCAUCGCAUCUAGCAUCAACAGCUGAUUGGAGAAAAGUCAGCAACAGCUUCAUAAUACUCAUAGUCAUGGUGCAUAUCAGCGAGCGAUAGCGAGGAUAGGCAAUGAAUUUUCUAAAUCAAGAUCAUCAAUCCUCUCUUCUAUUCCUUUUCCUCGUCGACAAAACGAACCUGAGUUUCUAACUCAUUUAGCGACAAGAAUGUGCAGUGGAUUCGUGCUUCAUACUUAGCCAAGUCGGAUUCCCUCAAUGCCGAUGGAUCAAGGGGGUUGCGUCUCUUUGGAAAGAGGCUGGACGCAAGCACCGUCUGUCAAGGAAGGCUUGGUGACUGUUGGCUGCUAUCAGCAAUGGCAUGUUUGGCGGAUCACAGAGGAGCGAUACAGCACGUACUAUAUUCUCUAGUUCUACAACGAAUGAGAUGGGAAAGAAAAAUAUGAGACGAAGAAGUGUACCCAUGAUACUCAAGAAAAGAGGCUUUUUCCUAAGUACGUAGAGAGUGCCUACUUUCUUUGAGGAUGCACGAGUACACUUUUUCGCUUCAUAGAAGAGGAACAAAGAUUUUAUUUACCUCUGCGUUGGUAAGGAUGAAGAGGAGUAGCAAAACCUCGUUCCUAAUCCAGGAUGAUCCCAACCUUGUUCUUCGACAAAGGUAUUCGAAACGCAUUCUAUGGAUGUGCGCGGCAAGUAUUGGGUCACGCUUUACGACGCAUCCUUUAGCAAGAACAAGCAUGGGGAGCCCGUAGGAUCAUGGGUGUCCUUCGCGAUCGAUGACAAAAUUCCUUGCGUUGAGGACUCACCUGGAUCUGGCAACUGGAGACCUAUGUUCACGGGCUUGCGGAACGUAUUUUGAUUUUUUUAGAAAUACUACAAUUUGAAUUCAAAUUCAUAUGUUAAUGUUUGUUCAUUAAAAAUCAAGUACUUACCUACGUAGAAGCUCCUGUUCCUGCGGUCGCCAUUGGCAUUGGGACACAUACCAAAUUGAAACCGCAACAAAAACAACAGGGUGAGCUCUGGCCUUUGUUGCUAGAGAAGGCCUUCGCCAAAAUGUGUGGGUCCUAUCGUGCGCUGGAAGGAGGUAAUGCACUUUGGGCGCUACAAGCAAUGACUGGUGACAAACCGUACAUGUUUAAGCACGUGCCCGUGUCACCAGUACCGAGCGGGUCUGUCUUAAAAGCGGGAGAGGAAUUAGGUGCCACGUGGAAAGGCAGCCAAUUACUAAGUCGCUUCGUUGAAAAUGACGCUGAUAAAAAGACGGCCGGACACUUCAUCGACUUGGACCCAAGCCAGCCAGGGUACUGCUAGGACUUUUCAUCGACCACUUCUAUCUUGGAGGUACAUGAUCAAACCAAAAACUACACUCACACUCAAAAAACUUUGAAAAUUAGGGCUGUAUUAUAUCUCAAACAUGAAGAUAAAUUAAUUUUCCACCAGAUAACUUUAUAACUAGCUAGUAAACCUUAACUGCAUACUUAAGUAACCAAGCCUCAAAGCGACCGCAACGAGUCUAAUUUUCUCAGAAUUUGAGUAUGAGCGUAGUUGUUGGCUUCAUAAGGGUACUUCUAGGAUGUUCCAUCGAAAACCAGGGCACUGCUAGGAUUUUCCAUCUAGGACUUCUUGGAGGUAGAAGGUCUAAGACUAAGUAUAAUUGCACUCAGCUGGUCGUGAUCAUGAUCAUACAUAGGUGAUGUUGAAGAUGAGUACAUCUGAUAGUCUGAAGCUGUUGUUGUACGUCAGGUACUUAUGUAGUUUAUGGCUUUUUGAAGUUCAAGUAGACCAUGUUCUUGAUGAAAAUGUGACAUGAUCAGGCACUCGUUAGACAGCGAGGAAAUGUGGAACGUUUUGUUGUUAAGGGUAGGUUAAAGGUGCUUUUCUUACCGCUUUUUAUGCCUCUCCUAAGGGAGAAAGGCAUAAAAAGCGGGGUAAGCAAGCACCAAAAACCUACCUCUAAUGUUGAAUUUCCACAAUCGGGGUUCCGUUUUGUCAGCCAGCGGCGUCCGGCAGGAUGGUUACGCCGGUCUACGCGCCGCUCACGCGUAUUCAGUCCUCGACUUCCUUGAAUUCGAAAAGCGUGGCGGAGUGCUUCCUACACGAACAACUGCAACUUUUAUGGUCUGACUCUACUGUUGUCAACAACAUGAACAUGAUGAACCACAUGAGCUUGAACCACUGAACAUGAACUACAGGAGGAUCUUCUGGGUAGAGGAAAAUAUUACUUUGCUGAAGAUCUUACUUGCAUUCAUUUUCAUUGAGGUCUAUCUUCUUGCUCAGGACCAUUCUUGAUGUUCUCGACGUAAACCGACCAGAUUCUUGCCCGGCUCUAAUCCGGAUAGAAGUACUACGACCAGCAACGUGCAGAGGUUAAUCUUGAUCCGAAAUCCAUGGGGGCAAGGAGAGUGGACAGGAGACUGGGGGUUGGACUCAAACCUAUGGGGCACGGUUGACGCUGUCGUCGCAAAGAACGCGCUAGCCAAAGUCAAGACAAAACGUGGCGCCACAAACGGAUGCUUUUGGAUGAGUUGGGAGGACUUUAACCGAAGCUGGUCGAAGUUGCACGUGUUGCAGAGGUCUGUAGACAUCAACAACCUCUAUUAAGGCCUCCCUUAAUUCAUCCUGAGACGCAUCUUAGAGCCUUUUCCAACGGGAGAGGCACGCCAAAGAUGCUCUCCAGGAUGAAUUAAGGCAAGCUCUAACUCUAUUUGGAAUACGACGAAGGCGUGUGCUGUGGUGAAAUCUGUGGAUGCGUGAAGGGGUGCUGCAGCUUCUUCUUCCUCUGCCGUGGAAUUGACCGGCUUUAUUUUUAUGAAUGUAAAGAAUUUGAAUUAGGAAGAUCGAAGAUAUUAUCAUCGAUUAUAUCUAAAGUAAAAGUCAAAGUAGAAGGACAACGAAUAAAACUCUAUGCAAGGAGUCCAAACUCUAUGAAAGCAACAGAACGUCCUUCUCCAUCCUCUGCAGAGGUGUACACGUACACGUACACAUUUCCAAAAUUUCAAUUUUUACAAUUUAAUGAAAAAAGUAUUAGAAGAGUCAAGAGACAGAGUGAAAGCAACUCCUUCUGCUCUUCGUCCUCGCAUUCGGUCUCUAAGACAUUUCCGAAAAAUCUGACGAUGUGGACACUCUGGAGCGAGCAAAGAAGAAGGAGAAUGGCUGUGAACUUAAGGCUUGCCGUAAUUCAUCUUAAGAGGCAUCUUUGGGCACGAUUUCAAGGGGAACCCACGUCAAAGAUGCACUUGAAAAUGAAUAUCUUUAUGGGCUAAUGAGUGGUGCUGUACGAGGCGGUGCUGUGCGAAGUUCCUCUGCUGGGUUUUGUGGUAUCUCAUGGUACCAGUAGGCAUCGGUCUGGCGAUAUAUUUUCUUGUUUUCGCUGGCGGGAGUAAGAAGUAGUAGUAGAACUUCACCUUGUUCAGGUGGUGGUUGUGGUGGCUGAUGAGAAUGUAAACAAGAAUGUGAUUCUUCGCCCUCGCAUUUAUGAGGUAAUAUUACAAGUCAGAUGGACAGUCUGUAUAAAUUAAUGCCAUUGGAAAUGGAAUCGAUUCAUCAUGAUAAAGUACUUAGCCGUAAAGGUAGAAGACAUACUAACAACCAUUUUCUUAAGAUACUCGAAUCAAAGAACUCAAUCUCAAACUCAAACUCAAAGCAACGUGAAAUAUAUCUCUUUCUUACACGAAAACUAACACUAACACGUUUGUUAAUUAUCCAUGUCACUUAUUUUGGUAUUGGUAAUGAUCACGUACUUUCAACAUGCACAUCGAUAUAUGCUUUUGCUGUACAGCUAGAGGCACAGCUACCUCUAAAUAUGUAAUAUUGUUAUUGAUAUUGUUCUUCUGGAAAGUAUUUAUCCACCUAAUGUCAUCUUGUAUUUUUAUUUGGGGUCUCCUGAAAAAAUACACCUUUAUGCGGAAAAAAAAAAAUCUCGAAGAGACUAAAACUAAAUGUACAACUCGUGCAGUAUCUUAAUCUUUCUGAAUAGAGAGCAACUUCAACACUUCAACUUCAUCAAGAAAAUGUCUGUAUCCGAAAAUCACAAACAUUACAAGAAAGUGAACAGCUGGCCGAGCGCCUAGGUCCAUACAUCAGUUUGCGGUAGCAAACUCAAUACGAAUACCGCCAGUCUGGUAGAAAAGAAGAAGG